AAAAUCAGUUGUAAGAGUAAACUGGGAGAGAUCGUAUCUGCAAAAUGUUGUUUGUUAUUACGGUGCUCGUCGUGUGUUUUAUCAGUAAUACAAGUGCUUUAAAAAAUUGUGAUGACUGUAUUGCUAUAAAUCAAUGUAGGCCCGCAUUGCAGCGGAUUCUUGUUGACAAAAGUCCAGAAACGGAGAGGCUAGUGAGAAACGCUUAUUGUGGUUAUGAUAAAUUACCGAAGAUUUGCUGCUCAGAGUUCGAAAUAACGCCCUCUAUUUUUCAAAGGAACAAUAAUUAUGAUCUUCAAAGGAACAAUGAAUAUGAUGAUAGUGAUGAUAUCGAAGAUCAUCCCAAUGUCAAGCUUCUAUCGGAAGAUUGCGGUGAAAUUGAAGGAAAUCGCAUUGUGGGUGGAAGUACAGCCUCUAUGUACGAGUUUCCUUGGAUAGUUCUUAUCUCUUACAGAUAUGGGCGCACUUUGAGAUUCGAUUGUGCAGGUACCUUGAUAAAUUCGAAAUAUGUAUUGACGGCAGCACACUGUGUCAAAAACAAGACUAUCGCCGGUGUCAGAGUUGGAGAAUAUGAUAUCAGUUCACCUAUCGACUGUACAGGAGAAGGAGAAACCCUCGUUUGUGAGAAUAAACUUCAGGAUAGACGUGUUGCAGAAAUCAUCUAUCACAAUGAAUAUGAUGUCGUUCCAGUAGCGGUGAAUGAUAUCGCUCUACUUCGCCUGAGCCGACCCGUUGUCUUAACUUAUAAAAAUUCAGGAGCAAUAUGUCUCCCAGUUAUGAAAAGCUUACGUGAAAUGAAUUUAGAUGGUGAAACAGCUACGGUUGCUGGUUGGGGUUUUACUGAGAAAUAUCAAAGAUCCAAUGUUCUACUUAAAGUUGAAUUACCAGUAUAUUCUUCCAAAACCUGUAAAGCUUAUUAUAAAAGGAGUCAAAGAGCUGAUUCUAUUGACAUGUUGAGACAUAAACUAUGUGCCGGCGAGAUUGGUCGAGAUUCCUGCAGAGGUGACUCCGGCGGUCCUCUUAUGCUUGAAGGUGAAUACAAUGGCACGGACAGAUAUAUCCAAUUUGGUAUCGUGUCUUACGGUCCAUCGCAGUGUGGUUCCAAUACCCCAGCAGUAUACACAGAUGUAAGAAAGUUUAUGAAAUGGAUUUUAGAUACUAUCAAACCGUAGAAAAACGGGUAUAUAAAGAAGAAUGGAGACGACAAUCCGAUGCUAUUAAUACUUUUCAGCAAAAUUUGUUUUUUAUUUUAAGAAGUUUAAUAGAUUUUAAUAUCAUAUUUUUUAACUUUCAAUGAUGUCGUAAGUUAAAUCAAUACAUAUUUAACU